AUGGUAAAUGGCUCACAUUUGCUGGUGACAACCAAAGGAAAAAAUAUAAUUGGUCAUUAUGAUCCUACUAAUGAGACUCUCUCUAUUAUCAGACUUGACCACAAAGGAUCUCAGGUUUAUGCGUCACGAACGUUGAUGCCGAUUGUCAACUUAUCAUUAAAUACCAAGGAGCCUGUAGCUGCGGGUAUCUUACAAAAAUCCGUUCCAUCGAAUACAUCAAGUAUCACGAUCAUGUUAUAUUCCUAUUUCACCAAAACCCUAGUACCAUCGCCGUUAACCAUCGAAACCAAGACAGAUGAAUCCGUACAGUUAUCUCCGUGGUCACUAUCUUAUUCACCAGAGGGGGACCUACUAGCAGUUCAUACUAGGUCCAGCAAUUCUCAGUAUAUUUUUGUUUGCGAUGUAUCAGAACAUUACAAAGUGGUAUCUUGCAUUAAAACCACUUCCAUUGAAGAGAUGAUAUGGUGUGAGACUCCCCGUGGGAAAUUUAUAGUGAGCACAUGCAAUGAUGGAAGGUUAUGUGUGUUCAAAGUCAAUACUGAAAGUAUUGAAUUCGUCAAAGACUAUAAUAUUUCAUCAUCUGCGAUUUCGUCAAUUCAGGUGGAUCAUCUUGGCAAGGGUUUCUAUAUAGGUACAAGGGAUGGCAACACAUUUUACAUGGAUAAAAGUACAAUGAUUGUCACUAGAUCAGAGAUUGUAAGCGUUGAUUUACCUGUGGUCUCAAUAUCCUCAACAAAGACAACACUUGCAAUAUCCCAUAAUAAUGGCACUGCCCAAAUUUUACGAACGAGCCCUAUCAGUGAAAAAAGAGAAGCAGAUACUGUCACAAUAGACAACCUUUCGAAUUGUGGUGUAAAAUCGACUCCUAAUGGGACUUUUGUAUAUGUACAGAAUGAUACUUUAGUAUAUGAAAAGGAUGAUCAUUUGUUUAGCAAGACUAAUAGAAAGCGUAAACUUGAAGGUGACUCUGAUGAAAAGGGUGCAAGGCAACAUGUCAGUGAUUCAACGAAAAGUCGAGAUAUGAAUAGAGGAGGUCACAAUAAGGACAAUAGUAGGGCUAAUAGGGGUCGAGAAAAUAGAGAUAACAGGGACUCAAGAAGAUACGGAGAAACGGCGAGAGAUAAUGGACGAGAUAGACGAGAAAGGGAAAGAGACUAUUGGAGAGGUAAGGAGAGAAGGAAAUGA